AUGUCUGUCUAUGACGCUGUGGUCGAGAAUGGACGGCGGUAUCAUAGAUAUUCAGAAGGGAAAUACCUCCUACCAAACGACGAGCUCGAGCUCGACCGUUUAGACAUCCACCACGCAAUCUUCACUCUCCUGUUGAAUGGGCGGCUACAUAUGGCUCCGCUUAUCGAGCCGCAGAGGAUACUGGAUAUUGGUACGGGAACGGGAGUCUGGGCUAUUGAUAUGGCGGAUCGAUACCCCGAGGCGGAGGUCAUCGGGACCGACCUUAGUCCGGUUCCGUGGGCAAACUCCCAUCCGAAUUGCAGGUUUGAAGUUGAUGAUGUGGAAUUGGACUGGGUCUUCGAGAAGGAUUCCUUCGACUACAUCCACAGCCGAAUCCUCAUCCCAUCAAUCCGGGACUGGCCUCGUUACCUACGGCAAAUGCACGAACAUAUCAGACCCGGUGGCUACGUGGAAAUAAUCGAGAUGUCAAGCGACAUAGCAAGUGAUGACGAUUCGAUCCCACUGGAUUCGGGGAUAAGAAGGGUUUUCGAUCUGUGGAGAUCAAUAACGAAGGGCGCCGGGUUUAAAGUGCUUGGCAACGAUAAUGGGAUGGAACUGGUUAGGGAUUUGGAGAUGGCUGGGUUCGUGGAUGUAAAGGUCUUCGCGAUCAAGCAGCCAUGGACUCCGUGGCCGGGGAGUCCUCGCUUGAAGAAAGUUGGGGCAUACAUGCUUUCAAACUCGAGGAACGCAAUAUUAUCAUUCUGUCUCGCCCUGUUCACACGAUACGGCGAUAUGUCGAGUGAGCAAGCAACUGCGCUCUGUGACGAGGCAUUCAUGUCUAUAGUUGCAAAUCGGUCGAUGAAUUUGUAUAACUUUGUGUGA